AAGACUAUUCUAGUCCCAGUGCAGCAACUGUGUGGAGGACUGGGGUCUAAAAUGCAAGUUGUGGUCAAAAGCCUAAUUUUUGCCUGUUUGGUUUGUUAUAUUACAUCAGAAAAUGAUUGCCAGCGAAAUGAUAUCCCUUUUACAAAAAUUCUAAGAAGUGCUCUUAAGACGAGCUACAGCUCUGGGAGUAUAGUGAGAGUGAACUGCGAGACAGGCCAUGUUGGCUUACUUAAACUUUCUUGCCAAAACGGCACAUGGACGAUGGAAGGAGGGCGCGAGUGCAAAAAAAAGCCGUGUGGACACCCAGGAGACACACCGAACGGAGACUUUGAACUUGUCGGGGAUACAGAGUUUGUGUUUGGAGCUAGAGUGGAAUACACUUGCAGGACAGGGUACAUAAUGGCCAGCAGGGUGAAUACUCGUAUCUGUCGCACCCAGGGGUGGGAUAAUACUAUCCCUAUUUGCGAAGUCGUAAGGUGCCCACCCAUUGAAACACCUGAAUUUGUGAUCGCAUCUGGCAACACUGAAGACGCAAGCUAUGAUGAUGUUAUUAACUUUGAGUGUUCUAAUAACUUGAUGCUGACCGGACCAAAGGACAUACACUGUAAAGAGGACGGGACAUGGAGUGCGCCUGUUCCAAAAUGCAAAGCAAUUGAGUGCACACCACCAAAAUUACUGCAUGGAGAAAUCAUAGAGCUUAAAUCUAUAUACAAAGAGAAUGAAGUAUUAAAAUAUGAAUGUGAGAAAACACACAAGAAGAGACAAGGAAUCCCUAAAUGCCUUAGGAAUGGUUGGAGUAUAACACCACAAUGUGAAGAGAUCCACUGUUCACUUGGGCCUGCUACAAUUGGAAUUGAAAGAACAAAUCCCGAAGGGAAAAAUUUGUUUAAGGCUGAAGAGAGUGUAGAGGUUAUCUGUGCAAAAAAUUACUGGUUGAGUUUAGUGAAAAAACCAUCUGGAUGGAUUAAAUGCAAAGACAACGGUCAAUGGGAAUCCCCUCCUGCGUGUGAAGAUAUUGGCUGUGAACUUCCAUAUGACCAGCAUGUGUCUUGGCUUGAAUACACCUUCAGUGCAGACAGAAGACUGGGGGUCACUAAGUCAUAUAGUUGUCAAAGCGGUUAUAAGCCAGCAGCUAAAAGGGCCGAAUGUACAAUGGAUGGCUGGGUCCCAAAUCCUCUGUGUAUUGAGAAAGGGUGUCUUGCACCAACAAUUGAAAACACAAAGCCGUUGACGAACCCAAAGCACAAAUAUAAGCUUUAUGAAUCUGUUCAGUACCAGUGUCUUCCUGGAUAUGAACCUGAGAGGUUUUCAAUCACAUGUCAUUGGAAUGAACAAUGGGAUAAUAUGAAAUCCUGCACUGCUAAACAAGGCACUCUGCUGCCCUGUAAUUCAUUCAGAUUUACACAUGGAUUUAUGCAUUACUUGGAUUCAGACCCUCAAUGGGUCUCCUACUCAUGUGACCAAGGCUAUAAGCCAAUUGAGGAAGGGUGGUGGGGACAAAAGAGCUGCAGGCAGGGUUUUGUGGAUAGUAAGCCACAGUGUAUACGUUCAGACGCCUGUGUUGGUCUUCCCAAAAUUCCUCAUGCAAAACCAAGUCAAACAGACAAAGUCUUUGAAAAUGGGGCCUGGGGAAAUCUUAACUGCGACUGCGGCUUCAGAAUAAACCCAUAUCACAUCCAGUGUGUUGAAGGACAAUGGAAACCUCUUCCACAAUGUGAAAGAAUGUGUGGUCACCCUCCACGAGUUGAAAAUGCUGUAGUCCUCUAUAUUGACCGACAAGAAUGGGAUAGGGUAACAUACAGAUGCAGACAUGGUUUUACAAUGAAGGGGCCGGAAACAAUUUACUGCAGCAACUCAGACUGGUCAACAACACCAAGAUGUGAAUUGGACACAAAUACGUGUGGAAGACCAACAGAUGAGAUCAACAACGCCACCAUUAAGGAUACGAGCAAUGUCGAGGACUACUACUUAUACGUAAAUACUGUGGAAUAUAAAUGUUCAGAGGGUUUCAAGUUUAAGCGAACAAAAUUUGCUCGUUGCUCUCAAGGCAACUGGAUUUACCCAACAUGUAUACCAUCUACACCCUCAAAUCCAGACAGAGAAGAGGAUGUGAGCCAACCCGACAGAGAGUCUUCAACAGUGCGUGCUACUGAUACACCUGAAGAAUCAUCAAGAACAGGUGCUUGUGGCUCACCUUCACCAAUCAAAGACGCAGUGCAGGAAUUCAAAGAUAAAUAUGAGGAUGGUGAAAAAGCUACGUAUGAGUGUCCUGCUUAUUACGUUAAGGCUGGUGAUCCCCACCUUACCUGCAGACAAGGCAGAUGGACAGGAAAAGGGGAAUGCUUGGAACCCUGCACUGUGGACGUUCAUGAUAUGGAUCCCCGUAACAUACAGCUACUGAGAGGAGAUAGAAUAAAAAUGUAUUCACGCCACGGAGAUCAUAUUACAUUUAAAUGUCAACAAGAAUAUAAACAUGAUGGCCUAGUUCCCCUUCGUCAGAUAUGUCAAAAUGGGCAGAUGAAUUUGCCUCGCUGUGUGUGCUCUACACGGAGUGAGAUCCACUGUUCGCUUGGGCCUGCUACAAUUGGAAUUGAAAGAACAAAUCCCGAAGGGAAAAAUUUGUUUAAGGCUGAAGAGAGUGUAGAGGUUAUCUGUGCAAAAAAUUACUGGUUGAGUGUAGUGAAAAAAACAUCUGGAUGGAUUAAAUGCAAAGACGACGGUCACUGGGAAUCCCCUCCUGCGUGUGAAGAUAUUGGCUGUGAAAUUCCAUAUGACCAGCAUGUGUAUUGGCCUGAAUACACCUUCAGUGCAGACAGAAGACUGGGGGUCACUAAGUCAUAUAGUUGUCAAAGAGGUUAUAAGCCAGCAGCUAAAAGGGCCGAAUGUACAAUGGAUGGCUGGGUCCCAAAUCCUCUGUGUAUUGAGAAAGGGUGUCUUGCACCAACAAUUGAAAACACAAAGCCGUUGACGAACCCAAAGCACAAAUAUAAGCUUUAUGAAACUGUUCGGUACCAGUGUCUUCCUGGAUAUGAACCUGAGAGGUUUUCAAUCAAUUGUAAUUGGAAUGAACAAUGGGAUAAUAUGAAAUCCUGCACUGCUAAACAAGGCACUCUGCUGCCCUGUAAUUCAUUCAGAUUUACAAAUGGAUUUAUGCAUUACUUGGAUUCAGACCCACCAUCUCAAUGGGUCUCCUACUCAUGUGACCAAGGCUAUAAGCCAAUUGAGGAAGGGUGGUGGGGACAAAAGAGCUGCAGGCAGGGUUUUGUGGAUAGUAAGCCACAGUGUAUACGUUCAGAUGCCUGUGUUGGUCUUCCCAAAAUUCCUCAUGCAAAACCAAGUCAAACAGACAAAGUCUUUGAAAAUGGGGCCUGGGGAAAUCUUAACUGCGACUGCGGCUUCAGAAUAAACCCAUAUCACAUCCAGUGUGUUGAAGGACAAUGGAAACCUCUUCCACAAUGUGAAAGAAUGUGUGGUCACCCUCCACGAGUUGAAAAUGCUGUAGUCCUCUAUAUUGACCGACAAGAAUGGGAUAGGGUAACAUACAGAUGCAGACAUGGUUUUACAAUGAAGGGGCCGGAAACAAUUUACUGCAGCAACUCAGACUGGUCAACAACACCAAGAUGUGAAUUGGACACAAAUACGUGUGGAAGACCAACAGAUGAGAUCAACAACGCCACCAUUAAGGAUACGAGCAAUGUCGAGGACUACUACUUAAAUACUGUGGAAUAUAAAUGUUCAGAGGGUUUCAAAUUUAAGCGAACAAAAUUUGCUCGUUGCUCUCAAGGCAACUGGAUUUACCCAACAUGUAUACCAUCUACACCCUCAAAUCCAGACAGAGAAGAGGAUGUGAGCCAACCCGACAGAGAGUCUUCAACAGUGCGUGCUACUGAUACACCUGAAGAAUCACCAAGAACAGGUGCUUGUGGCUCACCUUCACCAAUCAAAGACGCAGUGCAGGAAUUCAAAGAUAAAUAUGAGGAUGGUGAAAAAGCUACGUAUGAGUGUCCUGCUUAUUACGUUAAGGCUGGUGAUCCCCACCUUACCUGCAGACAAGGCAGAUGGACAGGAAAAGGGGAAUGCUUGGAACCCUGCACUGUGGACGUUCAUGAUAUGGAUCCCCGUAACAUACAGCUACAAAUUGGAGAUAGAAGAAAAAUUUAUUCACGCCACGGAGAUCAUAUUACAUUUAAAUGUCAAAGAGGAUAUAAACAUGAUGCCCAAGUUGCCCUUCGUCAGAUGUGUCAAAAUGGGCAGAUGAAUUUGCCUCGCUGUCAGAGAUUGCUCAGUCUCGCUGACCACCAUCAGAAAAAAAUGAAGGGGGCUUUUUUCAUUCAAUGCUUUUUCUUCCUUUUCUGUGUUUACAGCUCUACACGGAGUGAACCUACUUGUGCCAUUCCCCGUGAUGAGCAUGUGGUAUCGCCUUUCCUCUUGGGUUGGUUGUCACGUCUGGGAAGGAGCGAGCCGUACCAAUGUGAACCUGGUUAUAAAGCAACAGCUGACCGUGCCGAAUGUACAGAGAACGGCUGGUCACCAAAACCACUGUGUAAAGAGCUGAAGUGUACAGUGCCAACAAUUGAAAAUGCAAUAAGGCUGGAAAAAGUCGGUGCACGCCUUGAGUACCAGUGUAAUCCCGGAUAUGAACCUGAGGGGUUUGUCAUCACCUGCAAUCAGGAGGGAGUCUGGGAUCAGAUGCAUCACUGCACUGCACCAGGAACAGGUGCUUGUGGCUCACCUCCACCAAUCAAAGACACAGUGCAGGAAUUCAAAGAUAAAUAUGAGGAUGGUGAAAAAGCUACGUAUGAGUGUCCUGCUUAUUACGUUAAGGCUGGUGAUCCCCACCUUACCUGCAGACAAGGCAGUUGGACAGGAAGCGGGCAAUGCUUGGAACCCUGCACUGUGGACGUUCAUGAUAUGGAUCCCCGUAACAUACAGCUACAAAUUGGAGAUAGAAGAAAAAUUUAUUCACGCCACGGAGAUCAUACUACAUUUAAGUGUCAAAGAGGAUAUAAACAUGAUGCCCAAGUUGCCCUUCGUCAGAUGUGUCAAAAUGGGCAGAUGAAUUUGCCUCGCUGUGUGUGUCCCACAUCUUACUGUUAAAGUUCUGUGAUGGAGGAUAAAGACAUGAUUUUAAUACACUGAUAGAAAAGCCUGUUUGUGUCGUAUCUGAUUUUGUAAAGAACAGAGGAGACAAUGAAUAAGAUCAUUUCAUUAAAUUCAGAUAAACUUCUGUACAAUUAGAAAUUAGAAUAAUGGAUUGUGUUCUGUCCAGUAUUCUAAAUAUGAUAGAUGAGGAGACAUGAAUCACUUUAAUAACUGAAGUCUUCAUCCUUUACUCUGGAAACAUUCAUACAGUUUUGUUGCUGAGUGUUGUUUAAUCUGUAUGAUGUAUUCUUCACCAAAUGCAAUAAAACAAAAUCACAAUG